AUGGAGUGGACUAGGGGUCCCACCAUAGGCCGGGGCUCCUCCGCCACCGUCUCUCUUGCCACCACCACCUCCGGCCAGCUCUUCGCUGUCAAGUCCACUGAGCUUUCCACCUCCAGCUUCUUGCAAAAAGAAAAACACUUUCUUUCUCAGCUUAGCUCUCCCCAUAUAGUUAAAUACAUGGGUUUUGACAUUACGGUGGAAAACAAGAGGCCUAUGUACAAUCUCUUCAUGGAGUAUGUACCUGGUGGCACACUUUCUGAUGAGAUUAAGAAACAAGGAGGUUCGCUUGAUGACUCUAUGAUCCGAUUAUAUACCCAUCAAAUCCUAGAAGGGUUGGAUUAUAUUCACUCGAAUGGAAUGGUGCAUUGUGACAUGAAGGGUCAGAAUGUCUUGAUCGGCGGAGAUGGUGUUAAGAUUGCUGAUUUGGGUUGUGCUAGAUUGGUGGAAGCUGGAGACGCCACCACAUGGGAGUUUUCCGGUACACCGGUGUUUAUGGCACCGGAGGUUGCGCGUAGGGAAGAUCAAAAGUUUCCAGCUGACAUAUGGGCUCUUGGGUGCACUAUCAUUGAAAUGGCCACUGGGUCUAACCCCUGGCCUGAGGCUAAUGACCCGGUGUCGGCUCUUUACCGAAUUGGGUAUUCCGGUGAUAUACCGGAGAUCCCAAGAUGGUUAUCGGAGGAGGCCAAAGAUUUUCUCUACAAGUGUUUGAAUAAAGUCUCAACAGAAAGGUGGACUGCUAAACAGCUACUGCAACACCCAUUUGUGAAUGGCUUGGAGUGGGAGAUUAAUCCUCAGCAGGGAGAAGAAUUUAAAGGGAAUUCUCCGAUUAGUGUGUUGGAUCAAGGCUUUUGGGACUCAUUUGAGGUGACGGAAACUUCUCCAAAUCAGACCACUCCGGUGGGUUCAUCAUCCAAUUCUCCGGCGGAGAGGAUCAGGCAUUUGAUUCGAGAUACUUUCUCAUCAGAUUUGGGCUUAUCCAAUUGGGCAGAGGAUGAAGAAGAUUGGGUCACUGUUAGAAGCAAUCAAACUGAUGAAACCGAGAAAAAAAUUCAGCAAAUUUGCGACAUGAACGAAGAUGACAGAGAGUUGAUUCAGAGAGAACCGUUCUUAAUUUCAAUUGUCAAUGAAGAUGAUGAUCUAGAAAUCUCAUUGGGUAUUGAGGAUUUGCUAUUAGAAUGCGAUAUGCACAACAUUAGUAGUAUGGUUAGUCCUUGUAUUGAGACAAACCUUGGUCUUAGCCCACUUGAGAUUGGCCUUGGUGGUGCCGAUUGGAAUCAUGGGUUCGUAGAUUUGAGUUGCCCAUUACUUUUCUUGAAGAGGCAAGAACAAAGAAGGUCCACUUCAUAUUCUGCAUAUAUUCGUCAGCAUUUAGGGAGUAUGUGGUGGGGUUCUUACAAAGCAGCACCGGCUUGCUCUAAAUCUAGUCCAAUAAAACCAUACUAG